UAUUACUCUCAAUUGCCAAACAAUAAUAAAAAACCGCAAUCAACGAUACAUAUACAUUAAAUUCAACUAAUUAUGUACUAGUAUCAAGCCUAUAAAAUGGAAACGAAGGAAAUUAACGUCGAAAAGUUGUGCAGGGCUUGCAUGACAGAAACCGAUGACAAGAAAACACUGUUUCAAAAUAAUAAUGAAAACAAUGUUAAAUUGUCAGAGAUGUUAUCGUAUUGUACCUCUUUACAAAUUUUAGACAGCGACGGUCUGCCGAAUCAAAUCUGUACCGUUUGUGAAUUGCAAUUGAACAGUGCUUAUUUGUUUAGGAAAAAAUGUUUGGUAUCCGAUGUAGAGCUGAGGGACAAAUUAGGACUGAUGAAGGAAUCUAUUGUUGUCAAACAGGAAUUAGAAGAGGUAAAACAAGAGUCCGAACCCGAAGAAUCAACCAAACCCCCGAUUACCCCAACGCCGGUAAAAAGAGGCCCAGGCCGCCCCAGAAAAGUAGGUCGCCCAAAAGUGCAAACCCACGCAUGCGAGGUUUGCCAAAAAGAAUUCAGCAAAGAAUCCAAACUAAUUCGCCACAUGACAGUACACGAUGCCACCAGAAAGCCCUUCGAGUGCGACAUUUGCAAAAAACGAUUCCUGAGGAUAGAUUUGUUGACCAGACACAUGGUUAUCCAUACCGCCCGACUAAAUUUUACGAAUAAUAUGAAAUUUGAUCACGAUAGCUUGGAUGCUAAAUCAGACGAAGACUCUGAUUACUGUCCUGAAAUACUUGAACCGGAUUGCGAGAUAAAUGAUGAUGAUCCUGAAGAUUUAAAGCCCUUGGUUGAAAUUAUUAAUGAAUCCAAACCUGAGGUUAAAGUUGAAGAGAAUAAAAGUGUCAGCACCGAUUCGGAUAAUGAUAAUAGAGAUAACGAUAAUGAUAAUGAUAUUGAUAUUGAUAAUGUAGAUGAAAAUACCAAUGACGAUAACAAUGAUGAUCAAGGUGAUGAUAAAAAGUUCUUUAGAUGCGAUAAGUGUCCCCAAACCUUCAGACGAGAAGAAAAAUUAGACAUGCACAAACAAAAAGCCCACAGAACAAAACGGAAAUACGGUAAACGAUUGGAAACAGACCUAUCUUGUAAAGUUUGCAAAAAAUCAUUCAACCGAUCAAGCCAUCUAAGAAGACACGAAAAAAUACACAUGGAAGUCAAAGAACACAAAUGUACCUUAUGUCCCAAAACAUUUUCCAGAGGCGAGUUCUUAAUAAAUCAUUUAAACAAACACAGCGGUAUUAAACCUUGUGUUUGUCACAUUUGCAAUAAGAGUUUUGCAAAACAGGGUGUUUUGAAUAAGCACAUUUUAACGCAUAGUGGGGAAAAGACGUUUCUUUGUAAUAUUUGUGGUAAGAGCUUCAACGCCAGCAGCACCCUAAGGCAGCACGUGUUUAGGCAUUCUGGAUUGAAACCAUUCGAAUGUACUAUAUGUCAUGCUAAGUUUACUGAAAAAGGUACUUUGAAAAAGCAUAUGAUUACACACACGGGCGAAAAGGCUCACGUUUGUGACGAAUGUGGAAAUCGAUUCACGACAGGAUUCUCUUUAAUAAAACACAAAAGAAUUCAUAGUGGAGAGAGGCCUUAUCCUUGUGAUUAUUGUCCGAAACGAUUUAUCAGUUUAUUCAUUCUGCAGAACCAUGUUCGAACACAUACAGGUGAAAAACCAUUCCAAUGUCAGUAUUGCACUCGAGCCUUUGCCCAAAAAUCAGACAUGAUAAAACACACAAGAACACAUACUGGAGAAUCACCUUACGUCUGCACAAUUUGUGGACAAGCCUUCAAACAACCAUCAGCAUUGAAAACACACGGAAAGACUCACGAACGAACAUUACAUUUGCAACAAGUCGCUGCUGCUGCAGCAGCUGUACAUUGAUAGAAAGGACGCAUGAAAUUCAAAUGAUUUAUAAUUGGUCAUUUUGAUUUUGCUACAAAACA